AUGAUAUAUCCACCACCACCUCAGUUGAAAAAUAAAAAUUUAUUUCAGACCAAACCAUUCAUUCAUAAUGAAUUCAUAAAUUCCAAUUCAACAAAAACCUUCAAAGUUAUAAAUCCAGCAACAGAAGAAAUAAUAGCUGAGUUACCAGAGCAAACUUCUGAAGAGAUAGAGCACGCAAUUAAGUUAAGUUAUGAAGCUUUCCAAACAUUUCGUAGGACCAGCGUUCACGAAAGAUCCAAGAUGUUAAGAAAAUUAUUCAAUCUAAUAAUGGAAAAUGUAGAUGAUUUAGCUACUUUAAUCACAUUGGAGAAUGGGAAAAGUUUUGCUGACUCAAAAGGUGAAAUAGUUUAUGGUGCUUCAUACUUUGAAUGGUUUGCCGAGGAGUCUAAGAGAAAUUACGGUGAAGUGAUACAACCAACAAAUCCUAACAACAAAAUUAUUACAUUGAAACAACCUGUGGGAGUCGUUGGUUUAUUAUGUCCUUUUAAUUUUCCAAGUGCAAUGGCUACUAGAAAAGCAGCUCCAGCAUGGGCUGUCGGAUGUACUUGUGUUUUGAAACCAGAUUCUCAAACUCCUUUAAGUUCCUUAGCAUUGGCCUAUUUAGCUAAAGAAGCUGGGUUUCCACCAAGUGUAUUCAAUGUUGUAUUAGCAUCAACUGAAUCAACUCCCAUGGUUGGUAAAAUGAUUUGUGAGAAUUCAUUAAUUAAAAAAGUUAGUUUCACUGGAUCUACAGCUGUUGGAAAGCUUUUAAUGAAACAAAGUUCAACAUCUUUGAAAAAAUUAUCAAUGGAAUUGGGUGGAAAUGCACCAAUCAUUGUAUUCAAUGAUGCCGAUCUAGAACUAGCUGUGACUCAGUCAAUCGCUUCAAAAUUUAGAUCUUUGGGACAAACUUGUGUUUGUGCAAACAGAAUUUUCGUUCAGUCGGAAAUAUACGAUAAAUUUUGUGAAAAAUUUGCUUUGGCCAUGAAAAAAUUCAAGAUUGGUAAUGGGUUAGAUGAAGGUGUUACUCAUGGUUGCUUGAUAAAUACAAAGUCUAUAGCUAAGGUUGAAGAUCAAAUGAAAGAUGCGUUGGAUAAAGGAGCAAAAAUCUUGGUUGAAGGAGGCAGAUUAUCAAAUUUAGGUAAGAAUUUCUAUUCACCAUCAGCUUUAUAUGAUGUCCCAUUUGAUUCUAAAGUAUUCCACGAGGAAACAUUUGGUCCAUUAGCAGCAAUUGCAAAAUUCGAGAAGAGAGAUGAAAUUUUAGAUAUAUGUAAUGAUACUCCAUAUGGACUAGCAUCUUAUAUUUUUAGUGAAUCUUUGAACAAUGUUUGGUACAUGUCUGAAUUUUUGGAAUCUGGUAUGGUGAGUGUAAAUACAGGUGUGUUCACUGAUUGUAGCUUACCAUUUGGUGGUGUCAAGGAAUCAGGCUUUGGUAGAGAAGGUUCAUUACAUGGUAUGGAUGACUACACUGUAGUCAAAUCAAUCAAUUUAGGAAACAUUUAUAGAUAG